AUGGGCGGCCUCAUUGGAAGAUAUGCCUUGGGGAAGCUGUUCGAUCCGGAAACAGAACUGUUAUGUGGGCUGCGGCCCACCCACUUUGUGACAUUUGCCACACCUCAUCUUGGGUGUGAUGGUGACAGAAGCCCUGCACAGGUGCCUUUCAUCUCAUGGACAGGGGACAUCCCUCUGGCUGGCUGGGGCAUAGAGAAGGCUGUGGCAGCAGCUGCAAAGCCCUUUUCAUCGCUGUUUAUGGGGUCAAGCGGUACUCAGUUCUUCCUACAAGACGGCACUGAGGGCAGAGCUCCACUGCUGGAAAGAUUGACCCAAGAUGACCCUGAGGAUGGGUACUACAUCUCAGCCCUGAGGAGCUUUGUGACUCGCACAUGCUACGCAAAUUCAUCAGGCGACUGGCUUGUCGGCUGGGCAAACUCAAGCCUGAGGAAGCCGGAGGAGUUGCCGCGGCUCAACAGCAGCAAUGGGAGGGGCGUUGUGUCUGAGGAGCCCCUUGAUGCGGCACUGCACCCCAGCGACUGCCUGCCCCUCAGCCCCACCUCCGCCAAUCCCAAGACCGAGUUUAACGGAAGGCCUCCCUCGGCCCGCAACAGCAGAGGGACGGCGGACUGGAUGGUGGCUGACCCAAUGGAGGGGCGCAGCUUCAGCACAAGCCUGGCCAGGACCUCCAGUGUGGGAUCCCUGGUGAUGGUGGAUGCUGAUGAGGGCGGCAGCCACGGGGGUGACGGUGGGUUCCCGGUGCCGGUACGCGCGGCGCCAGAGGGCCGGCUGGGGGACGGGGGCGGGGCACCUCCAGCGCAGGAGGACGUCGCCCUUGAGAGCUCCGAGCGCACCAUGCAGAUGCUCGGCCGCCUGCAGGCAGGGCCCUGGCGCACUCUGUCAUCUAAGCUUGCUGAGCUGCCGUGGCGCCGCAUCGACGUGUGCUUUAAGGGCACAAAGAUGCCUUUCUUCGCGCACAAUCUCAUCCAGGUGACCAGGAAGUGGUUGAACUGGGAGGGCGAGGCUGUGGCCCAGCACUUUGCAGCGCUGUUCUCACAGAUGGAGGCAGACCCUCGGGUGCAGCGCGCACUGCGCUGACAGCCGGCAUUUGUCGCAGCAUCAUCACUUCGGCGAACGUUGCUCAAUUCAAGAUUGGCAAGAUAUUGAUAUUAGUACUUCCUCAAUCGCAUGCAAAGUAGCUACAUGCAGCUGACGCGCAGUUUGGAGUAGAAGCUUAAGCGUCUUCAAGAGCAGAAUUCUUGUUUGAACACCAGUAUUUUGGCUGCAGCUGCAGCCAGUGUACAAUAAGAUUGGGUGGCGUACUGUGAGCCACCCGUUGUUGUGUUUUAGAGCCUCAUUUGUUGUAGAACAGGUUGUGGUCAGCCAUGACCCGAAUGCAUGUUGGCCGCCGUGCGGCAUCAAUGAUUGAUAUUUAUAUUUCCUUUAGCUAGCUGGAAUAAACACUAUAUUC